AUGGUCUCUUUCAAGAACAUCGUCACCCUUCUCAUCGCUACCAUCUCCUGCACAGGAGUAAGUGGCGCUUCAGUCCCUCGCCAGUAUGGCGAGAACGGAGUCGCCGUACGCGACGGCGGCUCUUGGAUUCCCAACCCAGCCACUUCAUCUUUCAACCGUCGCGACAAGGAGCAAGAAUGGAAGGACUACCACCGCCAAACUGAGAUCAUGGCCGAGGAGGGAACAUGCCGAGCGUACGCCAAGCCCACAACCCGCGAUCUCAACUGGCCUUGCCGUGAAUACUGCAAGAAAGCCACCGGUGACUACAGCGCCACCUGUUCCAGUGGUCACGUCUGGGAAGACAAGGUCGGGGGCAAGCUCAAGCCUGGCUACGUCCUUCUACCCAACCCCGAUGGCGAGAUGUGGACCUACGGCGGCGAGUGCACUUGCGUCACCAUUCCUCCUGAACUCGCAGAGAAGAUCUCUGAAGGUCUUGAGAACAGCGGUGCUAUCAUCUGCAGUGUAUGGAUGUUCUCCAUCAAGAAGGUCCUCGAGAAGGGGAGCUACCUGAUUCCCGGUGGUGGCCCCGUCAGCAAGGUCGUCAAAGGUAUUGCUAAAUCUGUCGGCAAGUUCGUUAAGGGGGGUAAGGGAUCGAGUGCUUGGGCUUCUAUGGUCAGAGACACCUGCGGUGCCAAGGGCCAUGAUGUGACCAUGGACAUUGAGAAGGCAUUUGACAUGUUCAAGCAGGUCCCUCUCUGA